GCGGGUCUCUGCGAUUCCUGUUGAAUCUUAUUUUAAACUGUCAAACAGAAAGUGAAAGCAAAGUUCAGAUUGCUGAAAAUGGCUUCACUAUCUGAAAAUGAUCUUUCUUGUCCUGUGUGUCAUGAAAUCUUCAAGGAUCCUGUCAUUUUAUCAUGUAGUCACAGUUUCUGUAGAGAGUGUCUUCAACAUUUCUGGAGAAAGGGCACUCGGGAGUGUGCUCUCUGCAGGAGAAGAUCUUCAAGAGGUGAUCCUACAGUUAAUCUCGGGUUAAAAAACUUGUGCGAGUCGGUUCAGAAGGAGAGAAAUGAGAAGCUUUCAUCCGAGGAUUAUUGCGGUUUACACAACGAGAAACUCAAACUCUUCUGUCUGGAGGACAAACAGCCUUUGUGUGUAGUGUGCAUCACCUCACAAGAACACGACAAUCACACAUUCAGACCCAUCAGUGCAGUGGUUCCAUCAUAUAAGGAGGAGGUCAAAACAGCACUGAAGCCUUUACAGGGUAAACUAAACAACAAUAAACUACUGAAAACAAAGUUUGAGGAAACUCACAAGUAUAUCAAGACUCAAGCAGAUCACACAGAGCAGAAGAUUAAACAUCAGUUUGAGAAGCUUCACCAGUUUCUCCGAGAUGAAGAAAAAGCUGCAAUCACUGCACUAAGGGAGGAAGAGGAGCAGAAGAAGCAGAUGAUGAAAGAGAAGCUGGAGGAGAUGAACACACACAUCUCAGCUCUUUCGCACACAAUCAGAGACACGGAGGAGAUGCUGAAAGCCAAUGACAUCUGCUUUCUGAAGGAGUUCUCAGUCUCAAUGGAAAGAAUCCAGUCCUUAUAUCCAGAUCCACAGAUGCCUUCUGGAGCUUUGAUUCAUGUGUCUCAGUACUUGGGGAACCUCUCGUUCAGAGUUUGGAAAAAAAUGCAGGACAUCGUCUACUACACUCCUGUGAUUCUGGAUCCAAACACUGCUCAUCCACAUCUCAUCCUGUCUGAUGAUCUGACCUUCCUGAUAAAAAGUGAGAUCAAAAAACAAGAUGUUCCUGAUAACCCAGAGAGAUUCAACUGGUAUAUGUGCGUUCUGGGUUCAGAGGGUUUUAGCUCAGGAAAACACAGCUGGGUUGUGGAAGUGAACGACAGUGAAUGCUGGUGUGUCGGAGUAACUAAAGCAUCGAGCCAGAGGAAGGGAGAUGUGUUGUGUAGCUCUUAUUCGUGGAGUGUGGAGCAUGCGAGGGAAGAGGAUCAGAAUGUGGAGGACGAUGAAGAAGAUGAGGAUGAUGAGGAAGAGGAGGAUGACCAGAAUGUGGGGGAAGAUGAGGAUGAUGAGGAAGAUGAGGAUGAUGAGGAAGAUGAGGAUGACCCGAUUGUGAAGGAAGAGGAGGAAGAUGAGGAUGAUGAGGAAGAUGAGGAUGUGGAGGAAGAUGAAUGUACACCAUACCAUUCCCAAAUCUCAAGUGUGUCCACCUUUUAUGUUAAACGAGGUAUUGAGCGUGUGAGAGUUGAACUGGACUGCGACAGAGGGAUAGUGUGUUUCUCUGAUUCUGUAACCAACAGACAUAUACACACAUUCACAACCACCAUUACUGACACCGUCUUUCCUUUUUUCUGGGGUUUUCACCCUCUGAGGAUCUUACCAUGCAAUAACCAGUAAACGUCCUGGAUCGUCCUGAUUUUUAUGAAGUUUUCUAUAGUCGUCACAAUCACCAGCGAUCUAAUCCUUACAGAUCGCUGGUAAACACAGCCCUACAAAUCCGCCAUUAUAUGGACAACACACCGGUUCCUAAUCCUGGCUGAUUGCUAACACACACAGCUGUAGCUGCUCGAAGACUGAUUAGUUGGACAAUUAAUACAGCACACAAACACACACACACACACACACACACACACACACGUUGCUGAGUCUUGUUAUACUGUGUGUGUUUUAUACUUGUAUACUUGUCUUGUUAUACUCCUUAUACUUGUCUUGUUUUACGUUGCUUGCUGCCUGCCUGUACUGACCAUUCGCCUGUGUUUUGACCUCGACUUUGGAUUUCCUGUGUACAUUUGUUUGCCCCUGUGUUGACCAUUGUUUGCCUGACCAUUCUCUGAGUAUAAACCUGUAUUUGGAUCUGCAUUUCACAUGACAAUAGUUCAGUUUUCAAGAUCUACCAAAGAUUGGUAAAACGAUUUUCAAUUGCACUUCACCUUCUACAUUUGUAGGCUAUUUUAUAAAUGGGCUUUAAUACUACUCUAAGAAUUAAGAGGAGUAGAGUACUACUCUUAAGCGCACAAAAGAUGAAACUUGUAAGCUUCUGUAUAACGUAGUUGAAGUUUAUCAAUCUCUAAAUGC